AUGGGCCGUACGAAAGGGUCUGAGGCGGGUAAUUUAUCUGUUACUAAACGUGGCACAAAAGGUGGCAAAGACCGAGGAGUUACGGUAAGUGCAAAAAGUGGCUUUGAUGGACCAUUAAAUGCUCCUUGGCGUAAAACAGUUUCAAUAUUUAAACAGCCUGUUACUCUUGUACAUACUACUAGUCGUGAGACAAAGAAUCCUACAAACGAGCAGUUGCGACGUGUGUGUACAUCGAAUAAUGUAAAGAAUAAAGCUGAUAAGCCUAGACAGUUGUAUUGGGCGAAAUCACUGGGAAAUCUUUGUGCAAUGGCACCAAUUUGCACUGCUGAUCGUUUAACAAUAGAUAGCAAUGAACAUAUUGCUCAAAGAUUAGAUUUAGCUGGGAAAAUAGAGCCAGCCUUGGAAGUACUUGGUAUCGCUGGCUCGGCAGCGUCACUUUGUUCAGCACUGCAUGGAUUUUCAGCAUCAGUAAUUACAGGACAAACUGCAACCAAAAAGCAACUUGAUUCCAAUCCAUUAAUUAAUACAGAUGCUGAUCAGCCUUUUAUUCAGGCAAUAACAGUGAGUGAGCAGGAUAUCCAGCAGCAAGAGCGACGUGUUUUAGAUUUGCGCAAACGAUUACAAGAAGCACGUAAACACUUUCAGUUGUAA